AUGGCUCAUUCUACUCACACAUCUACCCUCAAGGCUACUGCUGCUGUUCCAAUUGAAGUGGAACCAACGCCAUCAGGCUGCCAGUGUACGCUGUCUGCAGAGCAACAACAAAUAGCCCAGGACAAGGCCUAUACCCAGGUGCUUCGAGCUCAUCAAGCCCAAGAAGAAAUCAUGGGCUUCCAAAAAUUACUGGUUCAUGCACACGAUUCAUUGUCAGGUGAUGUUGAUGAAGGGAUGGGCCCUGAAUCCGAAGAUGAAGAUCAUCCUGCCUCAGCAGGAAAUGGACUCCAAGUUCACAGCAAUGAACAAGCUGACAAACAGCCACCCAAGUUAAUCAGAUGUGUCACUGGUCAGGCUUGGCCUCCCAUGAUGAUUGCACCUAAUAGAUCAGCACCACCACCUCUUACACCUCAACAGCAACCUUCUCAAGUUGCCGAGUCAGCUCCACAUCAUGGCCCUGGUCCUUACAGCCCCCGCUCCCAAUCCUUUUAUAUGGCUGGUGAUGGAACCUAUUAUCAGCAUGAGUUUGCAGUGGAGGACACUGAGCAUAGUGAUGAUGAAUUUAGGACCCACACGGCCAGUGCCAAAGCCCAACAGCUAGUGCUUGGAAGUCCAGUCCAGUCCGGUCUUUUGUCCAAAUUUGACAAGACCAGGACUGAGACCGGUCCUCACAGGUUGAAGAACCACGAAAAACCAGACUGA